AUGACGUUGGGCAAGCAGCCCCACAAUUCUGGACUUCUCAGAGGGCUGUCAAGGGGCUGCAGCCACCAAGGGGUAGAGGGGCAUCGUUGUCGCCAAGCACCCCACACAAAAUGUGCGACCAUCGGCCACAAGUAGCCCAAAUCGCGACGACGGCCGCCCGCUCCCCGAGCCAUCACGUUCGCGGCAUCGGUCGCUACUAGCUAAUCCAGCACGGAAGAGACACCGCUGAGGAACUGCGACCAGGCGCGCGCGCGCGAAUUCUGCUGCAAGCAAGGCCGGGCGCUGCAACCAGCCGCCGCAUAUCACCUACCAGACCACGGACUGCGCCCGCCAGGCAGAGACCCACGCGAGCCACCGCCACGAUGGACAUCACCAGCUUUGUCGUCUCCUCCCGGGAGAAGGCUAUGCUGUAUGGCGACUAUGCCACCUACCGCACCCAGCUUGCUACCAAGCUGCUCAACUGCCGCAAGAAGCUGAGCAUCGCUGCCAAGAGCCGCUCCAAGUUCCAGUCUCGCCCGCUGCCUACCCCUGAGCUGCUGGGUCAGAACAGAGAAUAUCUUGUGCUGUACCUCCUGACGGCCGAGAGAGCAUGGGCCCACGCGAUGAGCAUGAAGGCCGCCCAUGCCGCCGACAACAAGGGCAUCACGGGGAGCACGCGCUCCCACACUGUGUCUCGACUCCACAAGGCUGCCCGCACUGCUGAGCAGCUUGCGGCGGCGCUAUCCGAUCCCUCUAGCGGCGCUGACCAGGUCGAUAUCCUAGAGGCCACAGCCUAUGCCGCCCUGCUGAGGGGAGCUGAGCAGCUGGAGAAGCAGAGCUGGGACCCGUGCCUAAAGAGCUAUGCCACUGCCCGCGUCGUCUACAGCGUCCUCUCUGCCUCGACCCAGAAGGAAACAUUUAAGGACCUUCUGUCGGAAACUAUCGAUCCUUCCAUCCGCUAUGCCGCCUACCAACUGAAGACGCCCAGGUCUCUCCCCAUCCCGACCAUUGCACGCAAGGCCUUUCCACAUGAUGAUGAGACUCUUGUAGCCAGUAUCAAGACUCUUGACCCCAAUGCUCUGAGCGGGGAGGACAGUGGCGACAGCAAGGGAGACACCCCGCCAACCACCAUCACCUUCCGGUCCCGCGAGGUGCGCAUCGAAGAUGCUGCCAUCGCGACAGCCUGGCUUGCGCUGCAGGCCGCCAAAUCCGCACUGGCCGAGAAACUAGCGGCCGGCGACUUGUCACCAAAGGAUAUGGCGGCGGCAUACGACGACGUCCUGACGGCUAGUCAAGACUCAGUUGACGCCACCAAGCAGGCCAUCGACGAGCUCAAAGCAGAGGGUGUUCCGCAGGGCGACCCACGCAUGCAGAGCCUAGCAAUCACCCGUACUGCUGUGAGCUACGAGAUGAUUAGCUGGCGCAUCGGCCGCAACCGCGUCUUGACAGGAAGCAGAGAUGGCUCUGUGGUCGAAUCGGCGCCUCAAGCGAACAAGCGGAGAAAGAUGGCCCCGGCGGACGAUGCCGCCCCCGCCAAGCCUGAGCCAACCGGCCGCCAGCUUGCCAAGCUGAAGGAAAAGGCCGUUCUAUAUGAUGGCACUCUACAGAGCUUAGAGUCUAUCAAGGAGCUCCCUGGCGUCGCGGCCGACGGCGAGCUUGCAGCGCGACUUGACGCCACAUCCCAAUAUUUCACCGCUCUCAAGUGCUUAGCGAUUGGCCGCUCCCACAUCAUUGUGGGAAAUCUGGUAAAUGCGCUGGCUCUAAUAAAACACGGCUCCGACCAAUGUCAGCAGGCUGCACCUGUGUUGAGCGAGGCCCCGGCCUCACAAACCCACUCAUCCCUCCGAAGCGUCGACGUACUACCGGAAGAUGCCAGAUUCCUCGCCGACCUACUAGCAGGAGAGGUGCAGCGCUACCGGGCGCUGGUCGAGAUCGAUAGCUUGCGUAAACAGGGCAAGGCUGGCGGCCCCAGAGGUGACCCGUCCCUGCCUCUGGCCGAGAGGCUGGCCCUAUACCCCUCGGACAGCGUCGAUCUCCAAAACAUUGUCGCUUACCCGCCCAAGGUGGAUCCUGUGCCGGUGAAGCCGGUUUUCAUGGAUAUUGCGUACAACUACAUCGACUACUCGCAUCAAGGAAAAACGGAGGCGAAGGCGGCCGACAAAACGGCCGGCAAGGGGGCCGUGCCCGAACAGACAAAGAAGGGUUGGUUUGGCUUUGGUCGAUGACAGAGCCAUCCGGGUGGUUCUUGCGUCUGCACGCGAUGUGAAUACGAAUGUCAGCGUCGUUCAGGGGCCGCGGCGGUGUUAUCAGAGAAGCAGCCCGUGGCCCUUGACGAUCGGACGACGUAUUGCCAGUACAUAGUAGCAACCGUUAGAUCGAGGCUGGCGGGCACGAAAUCGAUGAUGAAUCUCAACGCUUGUUGGGUAAUUUCUUGGGAAGAUAUAGUGUAUGCUUUGUAGUGUGGAUUAUCCCUGGAGUCGACGCAGAUGGAUUCAGGAGGCAGUUGUGACAUUGUAUAUUUGCCAAGCGUGGGUAAGUAGGUACUUACUAGGUAUCUACCUGGUAUCGACUCGGGUAAUAGAGAAUGCUUUCAACACUCUAUCAAAC